AUGACGGUACCAAGGACUAUGUCCCCGUCCGCAGUUCCAGGACCGACCCCAAGAAGCCUCACAUCACCACCCAGCCCAUCACUUGGGGUAACUGGUGGCUUCACGUCAACUGGCUCAACACCUUCUUCAUUCUCAUCGUUCCCGCCAUUGGGCUCGUCUCCUCUUACUGGGUUCCGCUCCAGUGGAAGACGGCUGUCUUCUCUGUUGUUUACUACUUCAACACUGGUCUCGGUAUCACAGCAGGCUACCAUCGCCUUUGGGCUCACUCAUCCUACAAGGGCUUCUCUGCCCCUGAAGAUCUACCUCGCCGCUGUCGGCGCAGGUGCCGUUGAGGGCUCCAUCCGCUGGUGGUCCCGCGAGCACCGAGCUCACCACCGCUACACCGACACUGUCAAGGAUCCUUUACUCUGUCCGCAAGGGUCUUCUGUACUCUCACCUCGGCUGGAUGGUCAUGAAGCAGGAUCCCAAGCGUACCGGUCGUACCGAUAUCACCGAUCUUCACGAGGACCCCGUCGUCAUGUGGCAGCACAUUCACUUCCUCAAGUGGUGUGCUGA